CACAAAAUGGCUGCGCCCUUGGAGGACGACGAGGACCCGGUCUCCGAAAACUUUUACUCGCUUUUGAAUGUGUCUACGGAUGCAUCGACAGAUGAAAUUAACUAUGCCUUCCGCCGACUAAGUAAGACCUACCACCCUGACAAACACACAGACCCAGUGAAGAAGAAGAAGGCAGAAGUUAUCUUCAACAAACUUAAACGUGCAAAUGAAGUUUUAAAGGACCGACACAAGAGGGCAAUCUAUGACAUGUAUGGAGAGAAAGGUCUUGAGACAGAAGGUUUGGAGGUUAUAUCACGGACCAAGUCUCCAGCUGAGAUUAUCGCGGAGUAUGAGCGUCUCCAACGGGAAAGGGAAGAGAGACGUCUUCAACAGAGAACAAACCCCAGGGGAAAUGUCACUGUCGGAAUCAAUGCAACUGAUCUGUUCGACAGUUACGGUGACUAUGACUCUGAUCCUGACUAUGGGCAGAGCACAGUGAUAGAGAUGAGCAGUAUGAGCAUCUCCCAGUCUGUAGAAUGUCCGCUGACAGUGAAAGAUACCGCCAUCAUCUCGGGGAAUCUCUCGACACAGAACGGCACCGGAUCAGGGGCGUUUGUCGCAUCAUGGCGGAGGCUGACCUCAGACAAGGGUUGGAUGGAGCUUGAGACUGUAUUUGGAAAUGGCCUUGGAGGAAGUAUUAAAGGUUUUCGGCAGUUAACUCGAAGAUGCUACGGCACGUGUGCAGCAUCUCUACAGGGGACGUCCAGAUCACUCCGGCCGGUACUCUCAUCAACAAUAGCAUAUCAGUUUGACCGCCAUCUCCAAGGCCGUAUGACAUGGAACAUGGGCUUCCAGUCGUCCAUGACAACAGCCUUGGUGUACGACUCCCAAAAGUACCAUAGUGCACUGAUGCUGAUGAUGGGCAUGAGGAAGUCAUGGCACAUUCAGGCCAGUGUGACAAGGAAGUUCCAGGAGCACGAGGCCAAGCUCAGAGUUGCUGUAAAAAUUGGUUCUCAUGGUUACCUGCUAGAGUAUGGUUUUGAGAAGAAGAUCACCCAGUUCAGCUUCCUGGGUGCCACGAUGGGGAUCAGCCUCCCGCAAGGCAUCCACCUCAGAGUCAAAUUGUUUCGCGGUACUCAAACAUUCUUGUUCCCCAUCCACUUGUCUGAGACAUUGUCUCCAUCAGCUGUAUUCUAUGGAACCGUUCUUCCUGUAGUUGCCUUCUUUGUUGUCCGCAACCUCAUCGUCAACCCUUUCCUGAGACAGCAGAAAGAAAAGGAGUUAGAGAAGACAAGGAAGGAGCACUCAGAGAAACUGGCUCAGAGGAAAACAGAGGCUGAGGCCGCUGUUGAGCUGAUGAAGGAGACAGUGGAGAGGAGUCUGGAGGCGGAGGAGAAGAAGGGAGGACUGGUUAUCAUCAAGGGACUCUACGGGAAACUCAUCACAGACGAUGAUGGAGAGUUGAUAGACAAAGAGUGUUUAGAUGUCAGCAUUCCGCUCCAGGCGCUGGUCAAGGAGUCAAAACUUAUCCUCCCAGAGAACACAACGAAGAGUGGCCUUCCAGGGUUCUAUGACCCGGUUAUUGGGGAGACCAAGACACUAUUUAUCAGAUACAAGUUCCGACACCGGUUCCAUCAAGUCACUCUCGCAGACACAGAACCAAUCAGGCUGCCCCAACAGAAGCAUCUAAUCAAGGACGAGCUCACUUCAUCAUCUUCAAGGUCUUGACACUGGGACGCACUAUCUUGUACAGUGUGUUUUGUGAGGCCAGUGUGUGAUUGCGUGUGAAUGUCGACUGUUGUGUGAUAGUGUCACCGGCUGUGAUUGGCCAUGGUAUUAACAGUGGACCCAGCUUAAUCCUGCCAACCUGCAUCAGCCUUCCUCUUAUUCCAGAGUUGGAUCUUCUCCAACAGGCUGAAUAACCCAUUGAAGCACUUGACCAAAUAGCAUCAGACAUGAAGAUGCCCCAAUAUAACAGUUUCCAUUGCUGGGCGGAUAUCUUUAUGGGUAACCAUGCUCAACAGCCUGUUGGUCACUUUAGGUAUGUGUCUAGAUAGUGUAAGUUGUGCCAUGUGUGAAACUGGGAACAAUGUGUUGGAAUCUAGUCUUGUAACAUUAUCAAGUAUGUCACAGAUUUUACAGUGUAGUGGAGAGGGGUGUAGGUAUGGUGGGUAGGCCUGAGGCAUAGUGUGGAGGACAAGGUUAGGGGUAGAGGGUAGGUCUGAGGCAUAGUGUGG